CUGUUGCAGUCUUGCUUGUCCUCAGCUAAUGGAUGGCGUCUUUUGUCUUUGUCUGGUUUUCAACCCCGCAAUCUAGACCAUUUGACUUUGUUUGCAACCAUGUCUUCAUCGGUUCUAAAGUCAAACUGUACACUUUGCAGCAUCAUCAAGGGCGAGGUGCAAGCAUACAAGCUAAUUGAGAUCGGAUAUACAACAUCGUUCUUGGGCAUCCACUCCAUCCGACCGAAGGCCAUGUGCAGAUAAUCCCCAAGUACCACACCACAAGGAUGCACGAGUUGCCUGACAAGUACCUGGCAGACGUCCUUCUGGUGGUUCAACAAGAUUGCAAAGGCAAUGGGUGUCGAGAGCUACGAUAUCCUGCAGAAGAAUGGAACCUCGCUCAUCAGCGAAUCACGUCAAUUCAU